AUGGCGACGCGGACGAGCAUCGGCGCGUCCGCGAGCAUGGAGACGCGCGCGCCGCUCGCGGUCGACCCGCGCUUCUGGUCCUGGGCGCUGAAGCACGGCGUCGAGCCGCGCGACUGCCGCCCGGACUUCGUCGGAUCCGCGCGCGAGGGAUGGCGGGGCGUCGUCGCGACCGCGCCCAUCGCGGCCGGCGCCACGCUCCUGCGCGUCCCGACCGCGCUCCUCAUGUCCGGCCGCACCGCGGCCGCGGACGACGUCCUCGCGCGCGCGCUGAGCGAACAUCACGAGCGCGACGGCGAACCGCCGCUGACGCCGACGGAUCGACUCGCGGUGCACCUCCUGCGCGAGCUCUCGCGAGGCGCCGAGAGCUUCUGGCACCUCUACCUGAGGCAGCUCCCGCGGUCGUACGCGCUGACGUGCGGCUGGACCGCCGCGGAGCGAAACGCGCUGCAGCUCCCGCACGCCGUCGACGCCGCGGAUCGAAGCGCGGCGGCGUGCCGCGACGCGUGGGCGCGCGCGACGCCCGUCAUGGAAAAGAUUGGGCUGCCGGCGACGUAUCGAUCGUUCGGCGCGUGGGCGUGGGCCGCCGCGACGAUCAGCUCGCGCACGGUCUUCGUCCCGUUCGACGCCGCGGGCGCGCUGUGCCCGGUGGGCGACUUGUUCAACUACGUCCCGCCGACGCCGCCGCACGUCCCGAAGGUGGUGGGGACGCCGCUGGAGGGACCGAGCGACGAGCGCGACGACGAAGAAGACGAUGAAAACGAUUCGUAUUUUUUGCGCCGCGGCGUCGGCGGCGACGGCGCGUGGCACGAGGCGUCCGACGCGUGGGUCUUCGUCGCGCGGCGGGACUAUCGCAAGGGCGAGGAGAUAUCGCUGUGCUACGGCCAGCACACCAACUUGGGUCUGUUGACGCACUACGGGUUCACGAUGAGUCACGGCGAGAACGCGCACGACGAGGCGCCGCUCGUCGUCGACGCGAAGACGCUGGACGUGGAUUUCCCGGCGGCGGUGGGCGACGUCGGGUCGUAUCGUAACGCACACGAGAUAUGCGUUUUCCCGCGCGGUGGCGUGAGCUGGAGCACCCUCGAGCGGCUGCGCCUCGCCGCGCACGCGACGCUCGUUGGGAAACCCCCGGGGAAGGACGUCCGCGAGCGCGCGAGACGAGGCGAGGCGCUCGGCGCGGCGUGCGAGACGCUCGCGCACGAGGCUGUCGUCGCCGCCGCCGCCGCCGCGUUGACGUCCGCGCCGACGACCGCGGCGGAGGACGCGGAGAUCGUCGCGCGGAUGGAGGCGGAGGGGGUCGAACUCGCGGCGAACGUCGACGAGCCCGGCGGCGUCGCGCGCGACGGGUCGCUGGCGGAGUGGGCGAGGGUGAAGGCGGGGGAGGAGGAGGAGGAGGAGGAGGCAGAGGGCGCCGCCGCGGCGUCGGAAAACAUGCUUCUCGCGGUGCGAUGGCGGUUGUCGUAUAAGCGGUCCGUGCAGGCUGCGUAUAAGCUCGCGGCCGCGAGGGUCGCGGAGGCCGCUCGCGCGCUGGAGGGCGGCGGCGCGAGCGGUGCCGUCGGUCUCAGGGACUUGAGAAUAGCGCGUCCGAAGACGCUGCGAGGCGGGCGGUGA